UGGGCGCAAGACAGUCUCAGCUUCGGCGCGGGCGGCGGCCGCAGUUCUUGUCUAGCCAGCAUGAAUCUCAGCUGCAGCUACCUGGCGCUCUCGCUGCUUCUGCUCGUCGCCCAGAGCCCCGGGGGAACUCUCGGGUCACCGAGCCCCUUGACGUACACCAUCCGCGAGACGGAAGAGAGGGUCCGUCUCGGUCUGAAAAGCGAACCGCGAUUCUUCGACGACGAGGACGAAACGAACCCUGAGGAAGGGUCCGGCGGCGGGGACGUCGAUCUGUCUGACCAGCUGGUCGGACACAUCCGUUCCAGCCUCUCCGGUCUGUACAGUCUGACGGGUGACCUGAACAAGGUGCUGGAAAACAGAACCGGCGACUUCAGCGGCAAGGUGCUGCCCGCCCUCGACGAUUUCCAGGAUCAGAUAGAGAACGCCACCAGGAACACGGCCGUCAACCUCCAGUGUCAGUUCAUGAAGCGCAUCCAGGAGAGCUUGCAAAUCUUGAACAGGAUUUUCGCUCUCACCCCUGAGCAGAUCGAGGACAUCAAGGUCCAACUGGGAAACUUUUCGUUCAUACAGCCCACGCUGACCGAAAACGCUACAGAUUCAAAUACUACGAUAACGACGAUUAAGGAUAACGCGCCCAGGGAUUGCGCCGAUGCUUUCUACAAAGGAUACUUUACCACUGGAGUUACUAAAAUAAGACCUGAUCGCCAUGAGCGAACUGGGAAGAAUGUUUGGUGUAACCAGGACCAUGAUGGCGGAGGAUGGACCGUCAUCCUUCGUCGCAUGCCCUCAACGGCGCAACUGGACUUCCGAAGGAACUGGGAAUCAUACGAAGAUGGUUUUGGUGACGCUUACGGGGAAUACUGGAUUGGCUUAAAGACUCUUCACUUACUGACGAAACGUCAGCCAUACAAACUUCGGAUCGAGAUGGCGUCGCAAGAGGACUGGGCAUUCGCUCAGUACGACACGUUCAGGGUUGCCCCCUCCUGGAAGAAAUACCGCCUACGGGUAGAAGACUACGAUGAAUCGAGCACAGCAGGCGACGCCAUGGAUUACCACAACGGUAAAAAAUUCACUACCUAUGACGACGACAAUGACGGAGCCUCAGGAGGAAACUGCGCCAAUUGGUCGGGAGGUGGCGGAUGGUGGUACGACUUCUGCUACUUCGCCAACCCAACCGCCCUUUACUCCCUGCCGAACAACACCGAGGAAUCCGACCAGUACAUGGAGUGGCGAAAGUGGAAAGGACACUACAACUACCUCUCGCAUUUCACCAUGUCGAUCAGACCUCACGAGGUGACGACAAUUUAGUGAUUUCAAAUGCUUACAAGUAGUCCUCUUGGUUUUCCUGUUAGGGUGCUAGUUAGUUGGCCGCCAAUAACAUCUGUCGGGCGAUCAUUUUUUGUUAAUGUUGACAAGAUAUUGUAAGAUGCUUUGUAGAAUCUGAUUUUGUACUACACUGAUAAUGAGUGGUGCAUUUGUCUGUUAUUUUUAUGAGAAAUAUUUUGAUGUACUUGAAGCUGUUGCCAGUAGAAAUAAACCAGCCCAUUGACGGGAUAAUUGAUACAA